UGUACCUCGGCAUAGCAUAUGUCACGGUACCCGGGUUGCACUCCACCAAAACAACCGAAUCCAGAAUGCAUGCGGGGUACGACGGUACGUACUUCUUGGCUUGGAGACGAGCCGUCGCUUCCUCAACAUGCUCGCUCGUAGCAUCACCAUCACUUCACAACGAGCAUUUGUUCAAAGAGCAACUAAGGGCCUGGUUAUGUAUGCUAGACAUCCGCUUGCGUCGCCGUGGCUUUUCUCCUCUCUUAUGACAAAGGGCGACGAUGACGACGACCGAAGCCGUCUGUUGGUCUGUAUCCAUACGUAGGUAGAAUACGGUAGGAGCAAUUUCUUUGUUUCCUCAUUUCUAUAAUCAUAUAGAAAUAUUCUUUGCCUGAUCAUUAUAUCCCACGUCGUCCAGCACCCCCUUCUCGAUUCAUUCCAAUACAGUUGGCAGAAAAAACACAAACUUCAGACUUGCAUUUUCAUAUUUCAAAAUGAGCACCCCCCCCAAUGGUCUGCCCGGUCGCCGGGGUAUCAACCCUCCUGCCCCUAUUGAGCCACCGCCGCCUGGAGAACAAAUCGCCCCAGGCCCUCUAACUACACCUUCGGAUGAAAGUCCCAGAAGUAGCCCGAAUACACCCCCAGACAACAGCCCGCCACUUCCGCCGCCUGGAAGGGGAGGUACCAGACGUAGCCCGAUUACACCGCCAGACAACAGCCCGCCACUGCCGCCGCCUGGAAGGGGAGGUACCAGAAGUGGCCCGGUCACAACGCCAGACAACAGCCCGCUACUGCCGCCGCCUGGAGGGGGAGCUGGCAUAAGUCGCCCGAUUACACCCCCAGUUCACAGUCCGCCACCGCAAGUGACCCCCCAGGAGAAAGGAGUGCGAAUAGGAAAUGUACCAUUUACCAUGCUUGACAGGAAAUUUGGGAAAAAAGACCAGGACUUGCUUCAACAACAGAUCGAUGAUCUACGUUGUCGGGGCGAAAGGCCAAAGCCUCCAAAAAAAGGACCCUAUUCACAUCUUCCCCCCUCUCAAAUCAGACAUGUUAAAGGACGCCCCGGGAAUAUAGUCAUGGCUGCAGAUGAAAACUUUGUGGUCCGACUCCUUGAACCCCCGCGUCAUACGGAUGGCCCCCAAUCCGAUGAGUUCUUCGAUCAUUUGUUCACCGAGGCCAAUAAAAUUACCACUAGCUUUGUUGUUGAAAACUUCGGGGGAUUCAAUAUCAAACCUGACGAGCUUGAGGGGAAGCGCCCUUGGAACGAAAUGAAUGUCUCACCUCUCUUCGUAAGUCUGGCGGAACUAGUGCAGGAUGUUGACCCUGAUGACGCCAAGAGCUGGGACUCGUUGCUCUACUACGAGAGGAAACGAUGCAUGAUGAUAAUGGGCAUUAUUGCACGCAUCUUCGUUGAUAAAGUGUUCAGCCCCCUUUUAUUUGGAUGCACACCAAAUCAAGCCACCAUGCUAAAUGCACUCGAAACGGACAUGGCUGAAAAAAACUCGCAUGAUGGAUUUGCGCGCACAAAAACUCGCAGCAGGGCUAUCCGGGAAGUUCUUGACGGCGCAGUAUUACCCACGGACUUCUACGACGAAGUGGAAUUGCUCUCACUGAACAUUUUUGGUCUGCUCAACCCUAUUUCCGCCUACCUAGAGAAAUAUAGGAUUAAGCAUAACUUGGAAGUGUCAAUACCAACUCGCGAGGAACAAUUCGCUGCACUGUUUGAUAUGGUCAGUGGCACAGCUUGGCUAUCAAUCUGCCGGCGACUUCACCCCGAUCCCAUCAUACUCCGUAUGUCGGAGCUUGGCGAUGAGUUCAAGGAGGAUCUCCAUGUAUGUGCUAAUUAUGACGAAUACUGCACGAACAAGGCCAAGAUCUUGAAACUUCAAUAUGAUAGGCUCGGGCAGGAGAUAAAGAAUGGGGUUCUUAAACAAAAAAGCGCGAAUGUAGAGGAGUUACCUGCCACUGAGAUUUUGAAGGAUAGGACGUGGUUGGUAAAAACAGCGGUAUGGCCAUCGGUCAACAUUUACUCGCCUGUAUAUGGAGAUGGAGCAGAUGGUCAGGGUGGUGUUGCAGACCUCAGCAUCCAAAAAUGCGAGGUAGCUGCCCAGUGGGUAGUGCCGCGGAACAAUCGAGCGUCAACCAGUCCUUCUUUACGAGAAUGGGCUAAGUAACAUGAGAUGGAAUAGGACGGGAGCCGGGUUAUUCCUCUAGUGGAUACAGGCAACAGUCUACCGGAGACAAUAUUGGCACUGUCGAGAACGGCGGAACAUGUUUUGUUGCAGUUCAGUCAGAGUAUAAGUGGAGGAGUUUAAAUUUGAUCGUUUAUUUCAUACGUUUAUAAGAUGUGGUAUAGUUUGUCUGCAGUAGUUCAACAAUAUUUGGCCAGAAAGU